AUGGUGAAACUCGGCAAAAAUUCUAAGCGGGUGCCCACUCGCCUGAGACACAAGAUUGAAAAGGCUGCUGUUGCAAAGCAAAGGAAGCAGAAGAAGCUUGCCAAGAAGAACCCAGAAUGGCGGUCAAAAAUCAAGAAGGAUCCCGGUAUUCCCAAUCUGUUCCCGUUCAAGGAUAAGAUGCUCCAUGAUAUCGAGGAGAAGAAGCGCAUGAAGGCCGAAGAGCAGGAGCGUCUUCGUGAGGAGGCUCGCGCUCGCAAGCUUGAGGCCAAGCAGACUCAACCGGGUACGCAGACCGCUGUGGAUAUUAUGGAGGACGAUCUCGUGGACGAUGACAUGGACGCUGAGGGCAGCGACUCAAACCCUAUGGCGGCAUUGCUCGCAUCUGCCCGCGCCCGCGCCCAAGAGUACGACGAGGAGAAUGACAGUGAAGAUGAGGAGAUGGACGAGGACGAUGAUGAUGAGAUGGACGAGGAUGACGAGGAGAGCGGCGUCACAUUCACGGAUGCUCCUACGCUAGGCAGCGCCAUGAGUUCGUCCAAGGAGAGCUCACGGCGUCAGUUCGAUAAGGUCUUCAAAACGGUCACCGACGCGGCCGAUGUGGUCUUGUAUGUGCUUGAUGCGCGUGACCCUGAGGGUACACGAUCCAAGGAGAUUGAACGAGAGAUCAUGGCCGCCGACAACGGCUCAAAGCGCCUGAUUCUCAUCCUGAACAAGAUUGAUCUGGUCCCGCCUCCCGUGCUCAAGGCCUGGCUGAUUCAUCUGCGCCGCUACUUCCCUACUCUCCCGCUCAAGGCCUCCAACGGUGCCCCCAACGCGCACAGUUUCGACCACAAGGAAUUGACCGUCAAGGGUACUUCCGAGACACUCUUCCGCGCGCUGAAGUCCUACGCCCACAGCAAGCAGUUGAAGCGCUCGAUCUCCGUCGGUGUUAUUGGGUACCCCAACGUCGGUAAAUCGUCCGUCAUCAACGCCCUCACUGCUCGCCUCAACAAGGGAUCUAGCAAUGCCUGUCCCACCGGUGCCGAAGCCGGUGUCACUACAAGCCUGCGCAGUGUCAAGCUUGACAACAAGCUCAAGCUGAUUGAUUCACCCGGUAUCGUCUUCCCUAGCGCCGCCGGAAAGACGAAGAAGUCCAAGGACAACGAGCAGGCCCGCCUCGUCCUUCUGAACGCCAUUCCUCCCAAGCAGAUUGAGGACCCCGUGGCGGCUGUGAACUUGUUGAUCAAGCGUCUCUCCUCGUCCGAGGCUCUCAUCAACAAGAUGCUCGAGGUUUACGGCAUCACCACUCUCUUCCCGACCGGUGACAAGACCACCGACUUCCUCGUCCAAGUGGCCCGCAAGCGUGGCCGCCUCGGCAAGCGUGGUGUUCCCAAUGUUGAAAGCGCGGCCAUGACUGUGAUCAACGAUUGGCGUGACGGUCGUAUUCAGGGCUGGGCGAAUGCCCCUGUCCUGCCCGUUGCCGGCUCUGCCGCUGAGACCGCGGAGCCCACAGCCGGUCCUGUGGACAAUGUUCAGGUUGUCACCGAGUGGGCCAAGGAGUUCAAGAUCGAAGGCCUUUGGGGUAAUGGAGAGGGUGAUGAUGAGGAGAUGGCGGAAUAG